AUGAUAAGGACGUGUUCGAGAUUUAAACACAAUAUGUCUACUAACUCUCCUAUCAUUUGGCCCGCGUCUAAGGUUCGCUCGACCUUCUUGGACUACUUUAAAGAAAAGCAUGGUCAUCAGUUCGUCCCAUCUUCAUCUGUGGUUCCCCACAACGAUCCAACGUUGUUAUUCGCCAACGCUGGUAUGAACCAGUACAAGCCUAUUUUUUUGGGUACAGUCGACCCUGCCUCUGAAAUGUCGACCUGGAAGAGGGCAGUCAACUCACAAAAGUGCAUUAGAGCAGGAGGAAAGCAUAAUGAUUUGGAGGAUGUUGGUCAAGAUUCAUACCAUCACACUUUCUUUGAGAUGUUGGGUAAUUGGUCAUUUGGCGACUACUUCAAAAAGGAAGCAAUUGAAUGGGCAUGGGAGCUCCUUACAGACGUGUACAAAUUAGACCCUGACAGAUUGUACGUUACCUACUUUGAGGGCGACGAAAAACUUGGUCUUGGCCCCGAUCUUGAGGCUAAGCAAUUUUGGCUCGACCGUGGCGUUGCCGAAGAUCAUAUACUUACCGGAGAUGCAAAAGACAACUUCUGGGAAAUGGGUGACCAAGGACCAUGUGGACCAUGCUCGGAAAUACACUAUGAUAGAAUUGGUAACAGAAAUGCUGCUCACUUGGUUAAUAUGGACGAUCCUAACGUGCUUGAAAUUUGGAACUUGGUGUUCAUGCAAUAUAACAGGGAGCCAGAUAGCUCUUUGCGUCCCUUGCCAGCUAAGCACAUUGACACUGGUUUGGGUUUUGAAAGGUUGGUAUCUAUUUUGCAACAAAAGUCAUCGAAUUAUGACACUGACGUAUUCCAGCCCAUCUUUGAUAAAAUAAGAGAAAUUUCCGGAGUAAGACCCUACACUGGAAAAUUUGGCUCUGAGGACAAAGACGGAAUUGACACCGCAUACAGAGUGAUUGCUGACCAUGUCAGAACGUUGACUUUUGCUAUCACUGAUGGUGGAGUACCAAACAACGAAGGAAGAGGCUAUGUUUUGAGAAGAAUCUUGAGAAGAGGGGCCAGAUAUGUUCGUAAAUAUUUGAACUGCCCUAUUGGAUCUUUCUUCCAGCAACUUGUUCCCGUGGUUAUAGAGCAAAACUCGGAAAUAUUUCCAGAAAUAUUGAGAAACAUGCAAGAUUUGAAGGAAAUUCUCAACGAGGAGGAACUUUCAUUUGCUAAGACUUUGGAUAGAGGUGAGAAGCUUUUUGAGCAAUAUGCUAUCAUAGCAUCAAAAACUCCCGAACAAACUUUAUCGGGAAAGGAUGUCUGGAGACUCUACGACACUUACGGCUUUCCCGUAGAUUUGACGCGUUUGAUGGCAGCAGAAGCUGGCCUCAAAAUAGAUGAGGAAGGUUUUGAAAAAGCAAGGUUGGAAUCAUGGGAAGCAUCCAAAGCUUCUUCAAACAAAGGUUCUUCUCAGUUGGUCAAGUUGGAUGUUCAUGCUUUGUCAGAACUUGAUUCGAACGCUAAUAUUCCAAAAACGAAUGACAGCUACAAAUACGGAUUGGACGAUGUCAAAGCUGAGGUUGUUGGGAUCUAUGACGGAUCGUCAUUUGUGGAUUCAGUUUCCGAGGUGGGACAGCAGGUCGGUAUACUUCUUGACAAAACCUCAUUUUAUGCCGAGCAAGGUGGUCAAGAGUACGAUAAAGGAAAGAUUGUGAUCGACGGAUCUGCCGAAUUUGAAGUUGAUAAUGUUCAAGUUUAUGGAGGUUACGUGUUGCACACAGGGUCAAUAGUCUACGGAACUUUGAAGGUAAAGGAUGAGGUUCUUGCUUGUUACGAUGAAUUGAGAAGGUGGCCCAUUCGUAACAAUCACACAGGUACUCAUGUUUUAAAUUUUGCAUUGAGAGAGGUUCUUGGAGAUGGUGUCGAUCAGAAGGGUUCAUUGGUUGCCCCGGAAAAGUUGAGAUUUGACUUUAGUCAUAAGCAGGGUCUCACUCCAGCAGAGCUUACUAAAGUUGAGGCUAUCUCCAACAAAUAUAUUUCCGACAACAAAGAGGUGUUUGCGAAAGAUGUUCCAUUGGCCGAUGCUCAACAAAUAAAUGGACUCCGUGCGGUUUUUGGAGAGACUUAUCCAGACCCAGUCAGAGUUGUUUCGGUCGGUGUCCCCGUGGAGGAUUUGCUCAAGGAUCCGAAAAGGGACGAAUGGCACCAAGUAUCUGUCGAAUUCUGUGGUGGAACACACGUUGCCAAGACGGGUGAGAUCAAGGAUUUAGUCAUUAUUGAAGAAUCAGGUAUUGCCAAGGGAAUCAGAAGAAUUGUCGCGGUGACUGGUACCGAAGCACAUCGCGUACAGAAACUUGCUAAAGACUACGACAGCCAAUUGAGUGAAGCAGAAGCCAUGCCUUUUGGUUCCAGUAAGGAACAGAAGACCAAAGAGUUGGGAGUAGCUAUCAAGAAGCUAAGCAUUUCCGUGUUAGACAAGCAGAUGCUUAACACUAAGUUUACCAAGCUUGACAAAUCUAUUAAGGAUCAAUUGAAAGCGAAACAAAAAGAGGAGUCUAAGAAAGUGCUUGAGGCUGUUAACAAUUGGUUGACAUCAGAGGACAGCUCGGAUUACUUUGUCUCUCAUAUCGAUAUCUCGGCUAAUGCUAAGGCGAUCACCGAUGCUAUUAAUUUGAUCAAGAAGGAGCACAACUCGAAGACCAUAUAUUUAUUUGCCGGAUCAGACAAGGUUGCACAUGGGUGUUACGUAUCGGAUGAUGCAAUUUCGAAGGGUGUUAAUUCUAAUGACUUGGCUGCUCUUGCAUCUACAAGUAUUGGUGGAAAAGCAGGUGGUAAAGGAAAUGUUGUUCAAGGAAUGGGUGAUAAGCCCAGUGGAAUUGAAAAGGCAGUGGAGGAUAUCACAGCGGCAUUAUCGAAGACCCUCUGA